AUGAAUCAGCACGACUUUAACACUUUGCUGAUCGACUUUGUACGUGAAGAAGAUGUCCUCUAUCGUUCGCAGAAUCUCAAUUUUACCAACUCCGCCGAAAGGCACAUGGCUUACGAAAGAAUCGCCGAAAAAUUAAGAAGGCAUGGGGCCACAUACGAACAGAGUAAGUGGGAUGUCAAGAUUAUUGUAUUCUCUGUUUAGCACAUCGACUGAAUGAAAAGUUUCUGAAACUGAAAUGGCGUUAUAUGAAGGAAUACCAUCAGGUGGAAGAGGGGAAACAAUCAAGCUGGCCUUAUUACGAAUCCCUCAGCUUCCUUUUGCCAUCAGUUUUGGAAUUAGAAAGGUUGGUUUUAAUGGAACUAAUUUUGUCAACAAAAGAUUCUUUAUAAAAAAGAUUACACAAUUUUCGAUGAUUAAAAAUCAAUAGGAUACAGCAUUACUGUAACUUGUGAAAUUUGAUUCCUUUACAAUCUCUGGAUGCUUCAAAAAAAAACAAGAAUCCCUUCCGCAGAAUCGCUUUCCUUGUUUCGUAUCUUCCCUUUCCCACGACAUUAAAUGUGUUGUUUAUUUGUGUUGAAAGUUCUGUCAAAACGUUUGUUUUCGUAUCUCGGAGGGCAGAUUCUGACAUUUCGUCACAACUGUUUAUUUCCAUGUUACAUUGUUUUCCUCGGUUCGCUUGACCUUGGUCGAAUUUUUGUCAUACAUUAACUAAUGAAACUAGAAUCACUAUGCUACGCUCGUAAUACUAAACAUGACUUUAAUUUUCUAUUUAUCAAAUUGGUAUUUUCUUGUUUACAUUAUAAAAAUUACAGUAUUUUUUUAGGAAAAGACUAACAAAUGCGGAAGAAGCCCAGAACCGGGAGCACCCUCCUCCACCCCAACCCAUGCCCUCUAAUCAAGCCCCACCCGCACCUCAACAACAAUUUGUGGAAGUUCAAACAUGUGAGGUUAUGCCAACAUCAAGUAACGGGACAAAGAGUAGGACGGUAAGUCACUCUUUCUUACCAUAGUCAUCUCUUUAGGCACAGAAACGAAAGAAUCAAGUGAUGCUGGAAGAAACGGACACCAGAUUGAUGGAGAAAAGGAGAGUCACCAACCAAGCAUUUGCUGACUUUGUUGCUUGUAAAUUAGACGAGAUGCCAGAACCUAUACGAACAUACACAGAACGGCAGAUAAUCGAUGUUGUGAUGAGUGUUCAUGUGGAAACAUACCAAGAAAUAAGUCAAUCGGGAGUCCAACAGAUGCAUCACGGAGAUCGAGAGAUCCCCAUAGCUACCGAAGUCUACCAUCCAAACUCGAUAAAUGAACAGCCCUUUGAUCAUUGUCAAACGAUCAACGCAACCGUCCGUCCAAGGGCAACGCGGACGCCAAGAAAACCCAAAAAUGACCUCUGA